AAUCUAAAGAUAGUCUCUAUUUGUAAAAUGGACAAAUUAGAAAAAUUUUAUUGAUAAAAUAUACCACGUAUAAUAUCGAUUGUAUUAAAAACAUCGUGAAAUUUUAGCGAAAAUCGAUUUGAACUAAACAUUAAACACGCGGUAUUGUCUCCUGUUCGACAACCUUUGCCACUGAAUUAUCAGAAAUUCGUAUCUCAUAAUAGUUUGAAACAAUUGUUUUUCUAGGUAAUUUUUAAUUUUAUACUUGCUCACAACUGAAGUCACUCCGUAGAGUAAUUAUUAUUCAUGAUUAUAAUUUCUUAGACUAAAAUAAUUAGACUACCAUUAUUAUUUAUUUGAAUCAAUUGAACGUUGUGUGUCGAAAUUGUGUAAUACUAAUUAAAGUUAACUCAUCAACAAUAAUGCAAAACGGAUUUACACAUAAAUUUAAGGUUGCUGACCUAUCCCUUGCUGAAUGGGGUCGUAAGGAGAUAAUUUUAGCUGAAAAAGAAAUGCCUGGUUUAAUAGCUUUGCGUAAAAAGUAUGGUCCAUCAAAGAUUCUUAAAGGUGCUCGUAUUGCCGGUUGUCUUCAUAUGACUAUUCAAACUGCAGUUCUAAUUGAAACCUUAAUAGAACUUGGUGCAGAAGUUCAGUGGUCUAGCUGUAACAUAUUCAGUACACAAGAUCAUGCAGCUGCAGCUAUUGCUAAAACUGGAGUCCCUGUAUUUGCAUGGAAAGGUGAGACUGAAGAAGAAUAUUUAUGGUGCAUUGAACAAACUUUAGUUUUCCAUGAUGGAAAACCAUUAAAUAUGAUUUUGGAUGAUGGUGGUGACUUAACAACUUUAGUACAUAAGAAAUAUCCUCAAUAUUUAGAUGGAAUUAAAGGUGUUACUGAAGAAACAACUACUGGAGUUCAUACUUUAUAUAAAAUGAAAAAAGAAGGAAUAUUAAAAAUGCCAGCAAUUAAUGUUAAUGAUUCAGUUACUAAAAGCAAAUUUGAUAAUUUAUAUGGUUGUCGUGAAUCUUUAAUUGAUGGCAUUAAACGUGCUACAGAUAUAAUGAUUGCUGGUAAAGUGUGUGUUGUUGCUGGUUAUGGUGAUGUUGGAAAAGGAUGUGCUAUGUCAUUGAAAGCAUUUGGUGGUCGAGUAAUUGUUACAGAAAUUGAUCCAAUUAAUGCUCUUCAAGCAUCUAUGGCUGGUUUUGAAGUUACCACUAUGGAAGAAGUGUGUUCAAAAGGUCAAAUAUACGUGACAACAACAGGUUGCAAAGACAUAGUUACAGGAGCACAUUUCCCUCAUAUGCCUGAUGAUGCUAUUAUUUGUAACAUUGGUCAUUUUGAUUGUGAAAUUCAAGUCACUUGGCUUGAAAAAAAUGCCAUUGAAAAAAUCAAUAUUAAACCUCAAGUUGAUCGAUAUACUUUACCUAAUGGAAAACAUAUAAUACUUUUAGCAGAAGGAAGAUUAGUGAAUUUAGGUUGUGCUACUGGGCAUUCAUCUUUUGUUAUGAGCACAUCAUUCACCAAUCAAGUUCUUGCUCAAAUUGAACUCUGGACCCAAAGUAAUAAAUAUCAACAUAAUGUAUAUGUAUUACCUAAGAAAUUAGAUGAAGAAGUGGCUACUUUACAUUUAGAUCAUUUAGGAGUUAAAUUAACCAAACUUACUGAAGAACAAGCCAAUUAUCUUGGAAUUCCAUCAAAUGGACCUUUUAAGCCAGAACAUUAUAGAUAUUAGUAAAAAUUACAUAAUAAUUAUAAAAUUAAAGAAAUAAAUAAAAUAUUUCAAACUUAACCUAA